AUGGAGAAUCUGCACAGUGAUCUCUUGGAAAACAUACUUUCUCGAUUACCUACGGAGCCAGCUUUACAUGCCAAACGUGUAUGCACAACUUGGAGAGCAAUCCUUCGUAAGAAAACUGAAAGGUCUGGUUUUCUUUUCCGUUUUUCUCAUGCCGAAAGUAAAGUUAGGGUUAGGAGACAACUUUUCUAUGAAGAUGAGUAUGAUCAUUAUGAUCACGCAAAGAUAAACUAUUACCACUCUGACAAGACACGUUCGGAGAUAGAACAUGGCAUAUUUUUUACGUCGACAUUCCAUCCAAAAGAUAUCAUUGUCGGGUCUUGCAAUUAUUUGGUUUGUUUUGGCAAAGCUGUUGACCUAGGUCCAGUGCCUUCUCAAAUCUGCAAUCCGUUAACUGGAGAAUGUGUCUUUCUUCCCCAGUAUAACACUUCUAAAUAUCCUGGUGGUAGCGUGUCAAAUGGGUUUGGUUAUUUCCCUAAGACUAAUAAAUACAAGGUUGUUACGAUACAUUUUAAUCAUAUGAAUCAAGAAGGACAUAUUCAAGUAUAUACCGUUGGGGGAUGUAAGUGGAGAUAUGUUGGAUUUAUCAGCUGCUUCGAUCGUGACGGAUAUGAUUAUUCUUCCGGUGUCUAUGCAAAUGGAGCGCUUUACUGGUUGCACGAAUGCGUUAGUGGUCGUUUACAAGAAGAAGAACAAAGUCAGAUUGUGGCCUUUUAUUUAGAAGGGGAGACGCUCCGUCACAUUGAAUUGCCAGAUUCUGGUUCUCCAGAUAAAUUACUUGGAGGGAACAAUAAUUUGUAUCUGGUCUAUACAAACUGUGAAUCUUCUUGCAUCGACAUAUGGGUAUACAAGAACUCCGGUACUGGUUAA